AUGGACUUUAUAUUUUUAUGGCUCGUUACCUUUGUGCUCGGAUUUUGGAUAUUUAAAAAGCUAAAAGAAUGGCAAAGUCUACCGCCAGGUCCUUGGGGUUUGCCAAUUGUAGGAUUCUUGCCUUUUAUUGAUAGGCAUCAACCACAUUUGACUUUAACUGAACUUGCCAAAGAAUAUGGUUCAAUAUAUGGAAUUGGAAUGGGCAGUAUAUAUGCAGUGGUGCUGUCGGAUCAUAAGUUGGUUAGAGAAGCAUUUGCAAAGGAAUCCUUUGCCGGACGUGCACCAUUGUAUUUAACUCAUGGUAUAAUGCACGGAAACGGCAUUAUUUGUGCUGAAGGAGGGCUGUGGAAAGACCAACGGAAAUUAAUAACAAUGUGGCUGAAGAGCUUCGGAAUGAGCAGGCACAGUAUAUCCCGUAGCAAGCUGGAGAAACGUAUCGCUUUCGGCGUCAAUGAGCUGAUUAAAAAUGUAAAAGAAGCUUCUGGAACACCUAUCGAUCUAACGUACAUGUUAACUGAUUCACUCGGUAAUGUUGUUAACGAAAUAAUUUUCGGGUAUAAAUACCCUUCUGAAGAUAAAACUUGGAAAUGGUUUAGACAGAUACAGGAAGAAGGAUGUCAUGAGAUGGGUGUAGCGGGAGCAGUAAAUUUUUUGCCUUUUGUUAGGUUCUUUUCACCGUCAACAAGGAAAACAAUUGAAAUAUUAAUACGUGGCCAGGCACAAACUCAUAGACUUUACGCAGCAAUUGUUGAAAAGCGGCGUAAAGUGUUAGGAGUGGCAUCACCAGAAGACGGCGAAUGUAUUCUCGACAAUUUCCUUUUGGAACAAAAGAAAAGAUUCGAUAGCGGCGAUGAGACUGCAAAAUACAUGACAGACGAACAGUUGUUAUAUCUCUUGGCGGAUAUGUUCGGAGCAGGCCUUGAUACAACGUCAGUCACUCUCGCUUGGUUUUUGUUAUAUAUGGCUCUGUACCCGGAAGAACAGGAAUCUGUUCGAAAAGAGAUUUUAUCCAUUUUAGUAGAUGAAAACGAUUCUGAUUAUUCAAAAUUACCUCGUCUAAUGGCAGCUAUUUGUGAAACGCAGCGUAUUCGUUCUAUUGUGCCCAUUGGCAUUCCUCACGGAUGUACUGAAGAUACAUAUUUAGGAAACUACAGAAUUCCAAAAGGCACUAUGGUAAUUCCACUUCAAUGGGCACUUCACAUGGAUCCUAAUGUUUGGGAAAAUCCUGAGGAGUUCAAUCCUAGUCGCUUUUUAGACAAAGAUGGAAAUUUACUUAAACCACAAGAAUUUAUACCAUUUCAAACAGGAAAGCGAAUGUGUCCUGGAGAUGAACUCUCUCGAAUGAUGUCGUGUGGAUUGAUUAUACGCUUGUUUCGCCAUAUGCAAGUGAAAUUAGCUGCUGAACCUCCAACUGAAGAUGAGAUGCGAGGGACUGUCGGUGUAACUUUGUCACCUCCAAAAACUUUAUUUAUUUGUGUUCCUCUUUGA